AUGACGUCCAAACGUAAGAAGAAAGCUACACAGAAAGGUGCUGCCUAUAAUAAAGAGUUCAAGUACAAGCGAUUAGGAGAGGCUUGGAGAGCUGCUAAAUUGAAGUCUGAUUCCCUUCGAGACAAGUUGGGAACCAAUCCGUCUCUUGAUGAAACAAAGGACGCAUAUAAGGAAUGGAUGGAUGUCUUUGAGGAGUUCAUGAAAUGUUAUGAUGAUUACUGCCAGUGGCUGAGUGACGUUGAACGUCUACAAUUUGAGGAGGAUUGGUACACGGAUAAGGAGGUCUGGCUUUCAAAUGUAAACCAAAAGAUUCAAGAGUGGUUGGUCAAGCAAGAAGCUCCAAUGUCGUCAAAAUCAUCUAGAUCAUCAAAACGGUCAAAAGCAUCCCAGUUACUCAUCGAAGAAGAGCAGAAGAAAGUAGAGCUACUCACACGCCAGAAGGCUUUGAAAGCGAUGCAAGCUCUUGAGAUUGAAAAGAUGAAGUUGAAACAACUAGAAGAAGAAAUUGAGAUAAAAACUGAAGUUGCUGUGGCCGAGGCGAAAUGUAAGGUCUUGGAGAAGUUAGAAAAGUCAAGCAGAAAUUGUAGUGAAGUUACAAGGGCCUCGGAUGGGGGAUCUGAUAUGAAUGCGGGUGCAGCCGUAAAAGAAACCAAACCUGACAUAUCCAAAGAUGCUACAGGGGAUGGUGAAAGGCCAAGUUCAGAGAAAGCCUCGGAGACUGCAGCUCAUUGGAUGGACUCCUUCGAGAAAUUCUUAGAUCAAUAUGACGUUGCUGCUCUAAAUAAACAACCUCCAAAACCUGAGCCUAAGACCGCCGGUACUCCACUGUUACAGCAACCGGCAAGUCAGCCUCGACAAGAAGUCCCUGAUGUCAGUGGUGUACAACAAAUCGUUGAUGGUGUUGCACAGCCUCGUCAGUCCACAGGUAGACAACGUCAAGAUUCUGUCGAUGAGGAUGUACAGCCCACAAGCCACCAAGAUGGGGUGGCAGUGAUUAAAGAUGACGUGGGUGGUCAAUCCGUGAAUGAGAUGAUUAGGCAUUUGCAACGACCAAAAAUCGAGUUGGAAAGAUUCAGCGGUGAGGCGAUUGAGUAUAAGCGCUUUAUGAGGAUGUUUAGCGCCAGAAUUGCUAAGUUGUGUGACACUGACGAUGAGCGGCUUUAUUACCUCGAGCAGUUUACUACAGGCGAGGCACACCAAAUAGUUACUGGAUACAGCUAUCUGGAUGGCCCUACUGGCUACGCAGCAGCCGUCAAGGAGCUGACAGAACGAUAUGGAAAUCCGGAGGUGAUAGCUAAUGCAUUCAUCAAGAAAGCUGCUUCAUGGCCGCAAAUCAAGGCAGAUAACCCGAAGGCUCUCGAUGGUUUUGCAAUCUUUCUUCAGGAGUGUGAGAGUGCCGUCAAAUGCGUUGGUAGUUUGCAGUACUUGGAGCAUAGUGAGAACAUCAAGUCCAUGGUGAUGAAGCUACCUUACAAUUAUCACGACAGAUGGAGGUCUCGUGUGCAGCAGUGCAAGUACAAAGGAGAAAUGGUAAAGUUUCAUCAUCUAGUAGAAUUUGUCAGGUUCGAGUCCAAGAAGGUUAACGACCCUGUUUAUGGUAGAGAUGCUUUGUCAACCACAAACCAGAAGAAACCCGCCAAUCGUUGUGACACCAGGCCUAAAAUCACCAUGGCAACAAGUGAAACUACGGAUCUCAAUACUGCUAAGGAUGUUGACAAGGUGUGUUGGUUUUGUGGUGGUUCACAUUUGUUGAUAGGAUGCUCCAAAUUGCGAGAACAACCCUGGAGUGAGCGCAUCGAGUUUCUGAGAAAGCGGCGUCUUUGUUUUAGUUGUCUUAAGAUGGGGCACAUGAAGAGGACAUGCAACAGGAAGGCUACAUGUGAUGUUUGCAGGGGUCGACACCCUACUCUUCUUCACAUAAAUCAGAAUGAUACUUCAAGGCCUGCACAGUUUUCAAGAAACGUGAGAGAUUCAAGUGCCAUGGCUGGGAGUAACAUCGGUUGUGAGUAUACCAACGUAGCAUGUGACAACGAAAACGAGAACCAAUGUACGAUGGCUAUCGUCCCAGUUCGUGUGAGGCUUGCUCAUGGGUUAAAUGAUGUUGUGACUUAUGCAUUCCUGGAUCCUGGAAGUAGUGUGUCAUUCUGCAGUGAAUCUCUGAUGAAGAAGUUAUGUGGCGUGGGCAGACGAAUGCACAUUAGACUGGACACCAUGGGAGAGCCACACAACAUGGAUACUUACUUGGUUGAAGGCUUAGAAGUACGGUGUCUAAAUGGUAGUCCUACAGUCAAAGUCAAUAUUCCGAGGGUCUACACCAAGGAUAAACUUCCUGUUAAGCGACAUCAUAUACCUACUCACGAUGACGUUUCUCACUGGAAACACUUGAAAGAUGUCUAUAUGCCACAAAUCAAUGCUGGCAUCGACCUAUUGAUUGGUAACAAUGUUCCUGAUGCAUACUCACCAUUGGAAGUUAGAACGGGACCGCCGGGUAGCCCCCAUGCAACAAAGACAGCACUUGGAUGGAUUGCUUGGAAUGUUGUGAGGUCAGUUCGGAAUUGUCAACCAUUCUCUGUGAAUUUUGUGGAUGUUGCUGCUAAAAGGUACGAGGAGAUCAAGAAGCUCAACAUGUUAGUAAGAGAAAGCCUCAACUACGACUUUCCAGAACGUACGAUCGACGACAAACGGGAAUGGUCCCACGAAGACAAGUCAUUCAUGGAGAAGGUUGGCGGCUCAUGCAAGUUUGUCGAAGGUCACUACCAAAUUAGUCUGCCAUUCAAGAAAGAUGUACGUCUGCCUGACAAUUCUGCUAUGGCAUUGAAGCGUCUGGUAAGCCUGGAGAGGAAGUUGAAGGGGAAUCAAAAGUUCCACCACGAUUACAAUCUCUUCAUAUCGAACGUCCUGGACAAAGGAUAUGCUGAAGAAGUGCCCGCAGCUGAGGUAGACACGCAAGAUGGGCGAGUUUGGUACAUACCCCACCAUGGCGUAUAUCAUCCUAGAAAACCCAACAAGGUUAGAGUUGUUUUUGAUUGUACAGCCAGUUAUAAUGGAGUUGCACUAAAUGAUCUUCUUCUUCCUGGUCCGAACUUGACAAAUCAUCUUAUCGGUGUCUUGCUGAGAUUUAGACAGGAAAGUGUGGCCAUAAUGGGUGAUAUUGAGUCAAUGUUCUACCAAGUUCACGUCCCCAAGCAGGAGAGGAACUAUUUGCGUUUUUAUUGGUGGCCGAAUGGAGAUUUAAGUGAGGAGCCUACACCCUAUCGAAUGAAGGUUCAUCUCUUUGGUGCUGUGUCAUCUCCAUCGUGCUCGAACUACGCCUUAAGGCUCACAGCACUGAGCGAUACCGACAAAGGCAACACUGUAGCAGUGGAGACAAUUUUGAGAAAUUUCUAUGUUGAUGACUGCUUGAAGUCGGUCAAGUCCACAGAAGAUGCAGUUGAUCUGAUCACCAAACUGACAGCACUUUGUAAGAAAGGAGGGUUUAAUCUAACCAAAUGGAUCAGCAAUGACGAUGCUGUGAUGCAAGCCGUGCCUGCAAGUGACUCUACUAAAAGGCCCAAGCUAGAUGUGAAUCACUCCUUUCAACAGAUGCUUCAUGAAAGAGCAUUGGGUGUUAGCUGGGAUGUGAAAUCGGAUUCGUUGGGCUUUAAGAUUUCAGUGACGACCAAGGAUCCUACGAGAAGGAACAUCUUGUCAAUCGUAAGCUCAGUUUAUGAUCCUUUGGGAUUUGCUUGUCCUGUCAUUCUACCAGUCAAAAACCUGCUGCAGAAGUUGUGUAAGGAGAAUAUCGAGUGGGAUGCCGAAGUUACAGGAAAUGACUUGCGUGUUUGGAUUCAAUGGUUGACGGAUCUUCCAAAGCUUGAGGAAAUGGUGGUACCGAGAUGCUAUAAGCCGUUGAAGUUUGAGGCUGCCGAACGUCAGAUACACAACUUCAGUGAUGCUAGCGAUUGUGGUUAUGGGGUCGUGUCCUAUCUACGUCAGGUAACUACUAAGGGACAUAUUCACUGCUCCUUUUUGGGCGCAAGGUCUAGAGUCGCUCCUCUAAAAAAGGUGACUGUGCCACGAAUGGAGUUGACAGCAGCGACCGUGGCAGUUCGCAUAAACAAGAUGCUGGAGGAUGAGUUGGAUGAUCAGAUACACGACACAUUUUUCUGGACAGAUAGUACUGCAGUUCUGAAAUACAUCUCCAAUGAUACGACCCGUCUCCACACAUUCGUAGCCAACAGAGUGCAAGUGAUCAGGGAAGGUUCUAAUGUUAGUCAGUGGAGAUAUAUAGAGACAAAGGUGAACCCAGCGGAUGAUGCCUCGAGGGGGCUACGGGUCAACAAUUUCUUGAGUAAUCAACGCUGGCUGAAGGGUCCCGAGUUCUUAUGGAAAAAUGAAGAACAUUGGCCGAGCCAGGCUCUGAUUCAAAGUGAUGUGGACGACCCAGAAGUCAAAGCAGUGAGUGGUGCAGUCGUCGCUGAUGAAUCAUCCUCAAUAUACGACGGGUUGCUGACCAAAUAUUCCAGCUGGAACCAACUUAGACGAGUGAUGGCUUGGGUGUUGUUUGCGGAGCGCAAAUUCUUACAACUUAAGACACAGCAAAGUGACACCAAGCGUGAAGACAAAAUGGUUCCUGUAGUUCACCUGACUCCUGACAUGCUCGAGGCCGCUGAGGUUGCUUUGGUUAAGUAUGUUCAAGGAAAGGCCUUUUCAGAUGAGCUGAGUUGUCUACAAGGCGCUAAGGGAGCAAAUCAAAGUGUUGCUAAAUCUAGCCCCGUCUACAAGCUAAGUCCGAUAUUAGUAGAUGGAAUCAUGAGAGUUGGAGGACGAAUUGACAGAGCAGUCUUUCUUCAGUUCAGCGCAAGACAUCAAAUAAUUCUACCAAAGGAUUCACCGGUGUCAAUGUUGCUACUCUACGAGGCACAUAGAAAUGUAGGUCACCAAGGAAAAAAUGCGAUGCUUGCACAUGUGAGAAGAAAGUACUGGAUACUUGGAGCAACUGGUGCCUCCAAGAAGAUUGCAUACAGAUGUGUGACCUGUAGGAAGUAUCAGAGCAGGCCAGUCGAGCAAAUGAUGGCAAACCUACCAACUGAGCGUCUUGAAGCUAACCAGCCUCCAUUCACUAACACAGGCAUGGAUUACUUUGGGCCGCUGAUGGUGAAACGUGGCAGAGCAGCAGUGAAACGGUAUGGAGUAAUAUUUACAUGUCUUUCUUCUCGUGCAGUUCACCUUGAAGUUGCUUUCUCGCUCGACACUGAUUCUGCAGUAAACGCAAUUCGAAGGUUUGUGGCCCGACGAGGAAUGGUUAAGUUUAUCAGGUCAGAUAAUGGCACAAAUCUGGUGGGAGCAGAGAAGGAGUUACGGCAGGAGCUAGCUAAGCUUAAGCAAUCCAGUAUAAGAGAUACCCUGUGUGAUAAAGGCAUCAAGUGGGAAUUCAACCCUCCUACAGGAUCUCACUUUGGGGGAGUGUGGGAGAGAUUAAUUCGUUCGGUGAGAAAGAUAAUGUAUGGACUGUUGUAUGAGCUUAAGCACCGACUUGACGAUGAAGGCCUACACACGUUGCUAUGUGAAGUAGAAGCCGUCCUGAAUAGCCGUCCAAUAACCGCUUCUUCAACACAAUCGGAUGACCUGAGAGCGCUGACGCCAAACGACUUGUUGCUAGCUCAUGGUACAGGUGCUCCUCCUGGUGAAUUCUCCAAGGAUGAUUGUUAUGCACGCAAGCGAUGGCGGAGAGUCCAGUAUCUUGUUGACCUAUUUUGGAAAAGAUGGUUGUCUGAAUAUCUACCUCUCCUUCAAGAGCGUCAGAAGUGGCUGAAACCAAGACGGAAUGUCAAAAUUGGUGACAUCGUCCUGCUAAUUGACAACGCACCAAGAGGAUCAUGGGCCUUGGGAAGAGUCGUUAGCACUAAGGAGGACUCCAAGGGUCUGGUACGUAUGGUUAAAGUGAAAACAGCCACUUCAUUGAUGGAACGACCAGUGCAGAAGCUUUGCUUAAUUCUGGAAGCCGACUGUGAUGGCUAG